CAUCGGUGGCCAAAGAUCUCACAAGACUUGAAGAGAUUGAGGUAAAAAGGUGUAAGGAGUUGGUAGAAAUAGUUGGGAAGGAGAAGAAGGGAGGAGAAGGAGAAGGAAUAAUAACACAACACGUUCUGCUUCCUCGUCUCACCACAUUGACGCUAGAACAAUUGCCACGCCUCAAAUACUCUAUCCACCCCACCAAACAACAGAGUGACUAA